CUGGUCAACAUCAAUCCCGCCUACCGCCUGACCGAGCUCGAAUACGCCCUCAACAAGGUCGAGUGCCGGGCGCUGGUCACCGCCGAAUCGUUCAAGUCGAGCCGCUACAUCGAGAUGCUGCGCAAGCUCGCGCCGGAGCUCGACCGUACCCGGCCCGGCGGGCUGAAGGCGGAGAAGCUGCCCCAUCUCGAAACCGUCGUUCGCCUCGGCACCGAGACCACCGCCGGCAUGUACAACUUCGACGAGGUGUCGGGCCUCGCGGGCGCUGCGGAACGCGACCGGCUGCACGUACUCGGCGGCCAGUUGCAGUUCGACGACCCGAUCAACAUCCAGUUCACCAGCGGCACCACGGGCUUCCCCAAGGGGGCGACGCUCAGCCACCACAACAUCCUCAACAACGGCUACUUCAACGGCGUCACGCUUGGCUUGAGCGAGCGCGACCGGGUCUGCAUCCCGGUGCCGCUCUAUCACUGUUUCGGCAUGGUCAUGGGCAACCUGAUGUCCGCCGCCUUCGGCGCGACCAUGGUCUAUCCCAGCGAUGCCUUCGACCCGCUGGAGGUGCUCCGCACCGUCGAGGCCGAGCGCUGCACGGUGCUCUAUGGCGUCCCCACCAUGUUCAUCGCCGAGCUCGACCAUCCCGAGUUUGCGCGCUUCGAUCUCUCCUCGCUCCGUACCGGCACGAUGGCGGGCUCGCCCUGCCCCAUCGAGGUCAUGCGCCGCGUCAUCGGCGAGCUGCACAUGGAAGAGGUGACCAUCGCCUAUGGCAUGACCGAGACCAGCCCGGUGAGCUUCCAGUCGGCGACGGACGACCCGAUCGAGCGCCGGGUCUCCACCGUCGGGCGUGUCCACCCCCAUGUCGAGGUCAAGGUCGUCGAUCAGGACGGCAAGGUCAUGCCGCGCGGCGAGACGGGCGAGCUGCUCACCCGCGGCUAUUCGGUCAUGCGCGGCUACUGGAACGACGAGGACAGGACCCAGGAGGCGAUCGACAAGGCGGGCUGGAUGCACACCGGCGACCAGGCCACCAUCGACGCAGAGGGCUAUUGCAACAUCGUGGGCCGCAUCAAGGACAUGGACGUGCAGGUGAUCGGCGUGCCGGACGAGAAGUACGGCGAGGAGCUUUGCGCCUGGAUCAAGCUGAGAGACGGCGAAGAGGCGAAUGCGGACGAGAUCAAGGCCUUCUGCAAGGACCAGAUCGCCCACUUCAAGGUGCCGCGCUACGUGCGCUUCGUGGAUGAGUUCCCGAUGACCAUCACGGGCAAGAUCCAGAAGUUCAAGAUGCGCGAAACCAUGAUCGCGGCGCUCGAGCUCGCGGAACAGAAGACCGCCUGA